UGGCGCACAUGCUACAUAUCCGAAUUAGACUUUUUUAUUUAUCUAUUUAUAUGCACUUUUUCAAAGCGUCCCAAAACUGAAGAUAUAAAAAAGGGGAAGCGCAGAAUGCCCAACGAGUGCACCGCCAGCAUGUGAAAAGUCACUGCCAGCCUCUACCCCUUCAAGUUUACUCUGUGCUCCCGAUCAUCCAUCAUGCGGCUGGCAGUGUUCGUCUGUCUCUUCAUGAACAUCCUUUUCGCCACCAUCGUGUUCUACACGUACAUGGUGUGGUCGCGCUACUGGCAGUCGGUGGCUCGCGCGCGGCCGCCCAACUACAUCUCAGCAGAGUACAUCGCCGAGCUGCGGCGGCGCCGCGAGCAGCAGGCGGCAGCGCGCCGGCCCCCGCGCACAGCCGCGCCCUACGUCUUUCACCCGGCCGAGCGGAUCGAACACCACCGCGCGGCGACCGUGGCGCAGCUGCGCCGGGUCCAGCUCGACUGGAAGAUGCAGCGGGCCGCCAACAAGUACGGCGUCAAAUUCUCGGGCCGCCGUGACCAGGCGGCUGGCUCGCGCAGCGCCGAGGAACUCCUGUGCGCACUGCGUCGGGCGAGCGUGCGCACCCUGACGGCCGCCGACGAGCCGUUUGCCACCAUCGGGCUGGGAAAAUACUUCCCGUCGCUGGCGCCGUUCGAGGGCAGGACGUUCAACUCGUGCGCUGUGGUGGCCAGCGCCGGCUCACUGCUCAACUCGGCGCUGGGAGCCGAGAUAGACUCUCACGACGCAGUGGUGCGGUUCAACAACGCGCCCACCCAAAACUACGAGCUGGACGUGGGCUCCAAGACCACGCUGCGACUGCUCAACUCGCGGGUGCUGUCGGAGCCGCAGUUCGACUUCCUCGGGUCGGCCAUGUACCGGGACAUCUCUCUGGUGGCCUGGGACCCGAGCCGGUACGACGGAGACCUAAAGCAGUGGUACAACAGUCCCGACUUUCCGGUGUUCACGGCCUACUUUGAGCGGCGUCUAAUGCUGCCCGACGAGGAUUUCCACCUGCUGGACCCGAGCUCUCUGUGGAGUGUCUGGAACUUUCUACAGACGCACACCUACACCAGCGUGCUGCCCAACCCGCCCUCGUCCGGAUUUAUGGGCAUAGCGCUGAUGCUGGAACGCUGCGACUGGGUCGACGUGUACGAGUUCGUGCCCUCCCUCCGGAUGACCAAACGCUGCCACUACUACGAUACAGAGGAGAACGAGUUCUGUACGCUGGGCGCCUGGCACCCGCUGGCCACAGAGAAGCUGCUGGCGCUGAAGAUGAACCACGCCUCCGAUCGGGAGGUGUUCGAGCGGGGCGUGCUGAGGCUGAAGGGAUACAGCCAGCUCGACUGUGGGUGAGGACAGGGAAAGUGCAGGGGGAGGUGGCUGAUGGCCGAUGGGCCAUACAGUGACGCAGCUGGCGUGUUUUGGGCUUCUGGUUGCCGGACUGAUUUCUAGUCGCUGAAAGGUGAAGUGAGUCAUUUGACGUUUGCGGACGAAAUGAGCAACAGUGUGCGCUGGAACCUGUUACAUGGGGGACGGUUAGGAGAAAUCCCAAGCUGAUGUCGAGAGAUUCACGAUGCCGGAUGCUCACAUAAGGCUGCGAACAGCGGAAGUGGUGAUGAUGUCCCGCAAAAGUGCAGCGAUGGGCUUUAGUCCAGAACUGGGUAGUGAUUAUCUUAUCAGACGCCUGGGAAAACUGCAUAAUUUUACUGGUUGCGUUUCUUCACUCAGGAAAUCUAAGUCCCACAUAACAGCGCUAGACUGCUUCGACCUAAUUCGCGAAAGUGAACGUUAAUUGUGAUUCUCGCAGCUCCUUUACCGAUGCGUUGGUCCGAUGGUCUCAGCGCUGUGGUAGAAUCAGCGCAGUAGCUAGCUUCCCGUCGCAUUGACGUGUGCUGCGUCCAGGCUCCUUUACGACAGCUCCAAUACCGUAAUAUCAGGGUAACCGAGGUACUCACUCGAACAAUUCGUAGACUGUAGUGUAGUGGUAGCAAUCGUGAUUAUUGAAUCGAAUCUAGUCGCUCUACCAAGUCAAUCGUGCCGCCCAUGUGUGUGUCUUGUGAUUAAUUUUUUAUUUGAUUCUUAUUUGUUGGUAAUAGGCAUUGUUUGAUGUGCUGCUUUCACAGACUUGUAACUAGUCUAUUCUGUGCUUCAGGUGACUCUUGUUGACCCUUUACGGUCUAUUUGCUUGUUACGUUUCCUACUUUUCCUAUUUGCUACGUAUGCGAUCUUUGUUUGUUGGUAGUCAUUUUUUCUGAAGACGAUGGGUACAAGACCCUUACCAUCAUUAUUGACGCUAUGUCGGUAUCGCUUUGCCUGCGUUCUGUCCUUUAGGUACGGGAGCUUCCAAUCUUAUCCCAGCGUAACGUAUCCGCUCGGCGAGCUGUAAACUGUUUCAUUAACUUGUAGCCGCGUUGUCAUAGCGUGUUGUCAUUGAGCUUCCUGAAAUGACGAGCUUUCGAACACCUCUUCAGACACUGCGGUGGUGACAAUAACGGUUAUUUGUGUGUUUUAACCCUCAGGUAGCGUGCUCCUUUAGUGAUACGGUCUGUGGUCCGAAAUAAGAAUCAAUGUCAAUGUAAUCACUCGCAGAUGGUAUGCUGCAUAUGAUUGGUUGUGCGUACCAAGGCAGCUGCUUUCUGAUCCAAUUGGUUUUCGAUGCCAUUUUAAUGUGAGGGCAUUCAGUCUUGGUUUUCGUCGCCUUGAUUUGAGAUGUAACGGACACGAGGUUUCGUGUAUCUUCCACCGAGUCAUUCUUUUUUAACGUUUGGAGUCAUUCUUUUUUAACGCUUGCUCGCUAAAAAUAAAGCUUUAUACUAAUGUG